AUGGAUGCCGUUGAAUGGGUCCAUUUUUCAUUUUCCUGUCUUGCUACCUCUUUUUCUCUCUCUCUCCCUCCCUCCUCCCCACUCCCAGUCCGCCGCGUGCCCCCUCGCUUUUCCAUCCCGCCGACCAGUCACGAGAUGAUGCCAGGUGGCAGUGUGAACAUCACCUGCGUGGCGGUAGGGUCGCCCAUGCCCUACGUCAAAUGGAUGCUGAACUCGGAGGACCUGACGCCGGAAGACGAGAUGCCAGUGGGCCGGAAUGUUCUGGAGCUCAACGGCGUGCGAGAGUCUGCCAACUACACGUGUGUGGCCAUGAGCAGUCUGGGCAUCAUCGAGGCGGUGGCGCAGAUUACUGUCAAGUGUAAGAUGGGGCACAGGAAUUCUUCUAGGCUAUUAGUACUGCUGUUGUGUUCGGGGAAAAACCAGCUUUGAGAUGUGUUAUGAUGUGGCAUCUUAAUGAUAAUUAUAUGUCUGCAUCUGAGUAAUUUAAAAGUCCCUCUUCACCCCUCCCCCCCCCCCCCCCCUGACCCCCACAGCCCUGCCCAAGCCCCCAGGCACCCCCAUGGUGACCGAGACCACGGCCACCAGUGUCACCAUCACCUGGGACUCCGGUAACCCGGACCCCGUUUCCUACUACAUCAUCCAGUACCGCGCCAAGUCUCCCGACAGCAAGUUUGAGACCAUGGACGGCAUCACCACUACGCGAUACAGCAUCGGGGGCCUCUACCCCAACACAGAGUACGAGAUCCGCGUCUCUGCCUUUAACACCAUCGGCCAGGGCCCCCCCAGUGCGCCGGUGGAGACCCGGACCGGGGAACAAGCCCCGGCCAGUCCGCCCCGCAACAUCCAGGCCCGGAUCAUCUCCCAGAACACCAUGAUGGUGCGCUGGGACGAGCCUGAGGAGCCCAACGGGCAGAUCAAAGGGUACCGGGUGUACUACACCAUGGACCCGUCCCAGCCCAUGAGCCUAUGGCAGAUCCAUAAUGUCCAGGAUAGCAUUAUCACCACCAUCCAGAGCCUUGUGGCGUCUGAGACGUACACCAUCCGUGUCCUGGCCUUUACCUCGGUGGGCGACGGGCCCUUCUCUGACCCCAUCCACGUCAAAGUGCUACAAGGAGGUUAGGGUUCUGGGUUCAACUCUCCUAUCAACAUGUCUGUGUGGUUUUACUAGGGAUGAGUGCAUACCACAAGUGAUCCAUUAAAAUCCUGUACUGUAGUUGAAAGUCCCUAUAAAAGAAGGGUUCACUGCAAUGAUCACUGUCACUAAUUCAAUUUCUCUUUGUCUAUCAUAGUCCCCGGACAGCCAACAAAGUUCCAGGUUGGUGCUGUGUCCGACACAAGCAUGGAGUUGACCUGGGAACCUGCCUUCCAGAAAGAGGGGAUCAUCAGCUUUGAACUCCGGUACAAAGAGGGCAGUUUUGGCAGCCAGGUAAGAUAUGCUUGUGCUUUUGUGGGAAGAGUGUUGACCAAGCUUUUGCCUUUAAGUACUCAUAGAAGACACUAGGUGUUCAGUGAACAAGGUGGAAUAAGGAACAAACAUGAGGUACAGUAAAGCUCCAGUGAUAUUUAAUUUCAGUCAAAAGCAUGCCUCACUUUUCUCCACCAACAGGUGACCAAAACCUUCGGCCCCACUGCUACAUACGUCGUUGAGGGUCUGCGGGCAAACACGGAGUACUACUUCUCUCUGGCUGCCAUUUCCAACAAAGGCAUCGGAGCCUUCACCAACGAAAUAUCCCAGAAAACCUUGCAAGCC